AUGCUCUCACUUGUUGCUGCUGUCAAGGCACCCCGCACACAAAACCGUCGCCGCGUGGCCGGAUCCAGCGGAAGGAGGAGGGAAGGAGGAGAGAGUGAGCGGCAGAGGCCCAACAUGUCGCGGCAUCUCUUCUACUCUGCGGUGCUGCUCCUUCUCUUCGUGAUGAUGUGCUGCAACGCUGGUGGAGCUGCGCAAGCUGAUGUACGGGCGCCAGGCCCAGGAUCUUCACCGGAAAAUCAUUUUGUUUGGAGAAAUAAGAAAGAAGAAGAAAAAGUGGGUUCGCUCUAUGCUCCCAGUCUUCUUGAUGUGAAUGGUAAAGUGUUUGCCGUUGCCGAGGCGCAGUGCACGGGAAAAAAUGGUGCUGGCGAAGGCAGUUUUACUGGGAUUGCCUCGGGGCUCCUGACGUUGGAUAAGAAGCAAACAAAGGAGGAGUUGGAUGCGAGUAAAGUGAAGACACAAGUACUGGAGGAAUGUCCAUCCGAUAAAGAGGAAUGCGCCUCCCAACCAGAGCACCAUGCUGUUUCCCAAAGCGAAACGAAAGUACAUGUGAGCCGGCCAACAACAGUUGUGAAGGAAAAUGAUGUUUACAUGCUUGUUGGGAAAUACAGUCCUACAGCCGUUGUGGGUGCUCCGAAUAAUGAUGCCGAGGACUGCGGACUUUUGCUGGUGAAAGGAAAGUUUGGUGGUGGGAGCAGUGACAGUGUUAUUUGGGGAGAUACCUCUGGCGUCCCGUGCGUUUCUACUGUUGAAAAAGAAAAAGUAGCUUUGACACGACUGAUUGGCGGCGGUGGAUCGGGUAUUAAGAUGCAUGAUGAUACGCUUGUGUUCCCGGUGCAAGACGUGAAGAAGGAGGGUGGGAAGGCCGUUUCGCUGAUCAUGUACUCCUUGGAUGCUGCAAAUUGGAAGCUGUCAAACGGGAUUCUUGACGGUGGCUGCAGUGAUCCCUCCGUCGUGGAGUGGGAGGACAAAAAACUCAUGAUGAUGACUGCGUGUGAUGAUGGCCGCCGCAGGGUGUACGAGUCCGGUGACAAGGGGGAGUCGUGGACGGAGGCACUCGGGACACUCUCGCGCGUGUGGGGCAACAAAAAGGGUGAAGGUGGCGUUAGAAGCGGGUUCAUCACAGCGACGAUUGAUGGUGUUGAAGAUAAGAGAAAUGUGAUGCUCGUCACUCUGCCGGUGUAUCCCGAGGAGGCUGAUAAAAAAGAAAAAGGUGAACUCCAUCUUUGGCUGACGGACAAUACACACAUUGUUGAUAUUGGGCCGGUAUCCGGUGAAGAUGACGCUGCCGCCAGCUCCCUGCUGUACAGAAGUGGUAAAGAUGGUGAUAAUGAGGAGGAGUUGAUUGCACUGUACGAGAAGAAGAAGGGCGGUGAUGAUAAACCAUCACCCGGUAUGGUCUCAGUGCUUCUGACUGAGCAGCUGCAGCUUGUGAAGGAGGUGCUGGCGACGUGGAAGAAAGUGGACGAACGUGUCUCCAAGCUGUGCCCUUCUAAAAGUGCUGAGAGUGCCUCACCUGAAAAUGCCUGCAAUACUGUUAAGAUCACGGAUGGGCUGGUUGGCUUUUUGUCCGACAACUUCUCUAAUGACACAUGGAGGGACGAGUACCUCGGGGUGAACGCCACAGUAAAAAAUAAAGAUGGUGGGGAGACAGAGAAUACAAGGGAGACAGGGGCAACAAAGACUUCCGAUGGUGUGAAGUUCCACGGGGCGUGGGCGGAGUGGCCUGUUGGCAGUCAAGGGGAGAAUCAGCUGUAUCACUUUGCGAACUACAACUUCACUCUUGUGGCGACGGUGUCUAUCUACGGUGUGCCAGCGGGAGAUACCCCCAUUCCUUUGAUUGGUGUGAAGCUGAAUGACAGCGGGAAGACUGUACUCCUGGGGCUGUCAUACAACGGCGGAGGUAAGUGGGAAUUGUCUUGCGGUGGAGGAACGCUUAAGGAGCUUAGCAGCGCUUUGGAGCCAGGGAAAACAUGCCAAUUGGCCAUUGUACUAAAGAACGGCAGCCAAGGCUCCGCGUACGUUGAUGGUCAGCCUGUGUUGGGAGAUGCAGAAUGUGAUUUGAAAAAUACGGAAGAUAACAAGAUCUCCCACUUCUACAUUGGAGGGGAUGAAGGUGCAAAAGGCGACUCAGAGGUCCAAGACGUGUCUGUGACCGUGACGAACGUCCUGCUGUACAACCGCCCGUUGAACGACAGUGAGAUUGCUGGGCUCACCACAAAACCUUCUAUUCCAAAAACAAGAGGUACAAAAACAGUGGAUGGGGAUACUCCUCCUCCAGAGGCAAUUAAACAAGCUACGCCGGAAGCCGAAACUCCGUCUGGUCCUGGUGGGCAACAGCAAACUGAAAAGGAUCCGUUGAGGACAAGUGAAAAUGCGGGGAGUGGCGUUUUAUCCACGUCAGCGGCGUCCAGUGUCACGAAUUCCCCAGCAGCCAAAGAGUCCGAAAACCACUCAGCGUCGGGAACAUCUCCCGAAGGACAUUCGAAUGUGGAUGUUGAUUCUUCGUCCGAGGGAGUUCAAACGGUGGAUGCCGAAGCUGGAGACAAGGUGCAGGGAGAUGGAACACAACAACCGUCAGCGGGCACUCCCGCCACAGCAGAUACAAAUGCCCCUACCGCUGAAACCAUGGCGCCAGAUGGAACCGCAGUGGCAGCUGAGGUGGGGAGGCACUCUGGUGAGAAUGGGGAAACGGUGGGAGGGACGGAUGGGCAGAAAAGGGAGGACGAAGUAAAUGCUGCGGCACUCAGCAGCAGUCUCGGAAAUAUUUCGCAUGGGAAUAACAGCGAUGGCGGCACUGCGCGUGGGAGCGGACUGCUGCCGCUGCUUCUUCUGUUGGGACUGUGGGGGUUUGCGGCUCUGUGA